CUCCUGGCGUCUUUUUUUGAAAAAAAAAAAACAAUUUAUUUUUAAAAACGAUCGAGUAAACAAUUUCAGAGAAAACCAAACCUGAAAAUGUUCAAAAAUCUGGACCUAAGCGCACUGAGUGUGGACGACAUUGUGGAGGAGUACAAGCUGCUGCACGAUCGCCACCAGCAGCUGAAGGAUCAGAGCGACAAGGAUGCGCAAAGGAUUUACGAGCUGAAAAGGAGUCUGGACACCGCCCUGGCGGUGGAAUCCUAUUUAACCCAGGAGCUGGAACAGCUGAGCAACCAGCCGGUGGCCAGUAACUCUGGCGGGGAUGCGCAGGAACUGGAGGAGCUGCGUCGGAAGUACAAGGUGCUCAAAGAGGAACAGGACACCUUGCAGCAGGACUACGACGCCAAGGUGGAGGAGUCCAGCCAGCUAAGGAACAAACUGGCUGCCGCUGAACGGGAACUGGCGGAAAGGUCAGCUGCCAGGUCAAGUGAUCCCCACGAGGAUUGCUUGGCGCGCUUGAAUGCCCUGGAACAGGAGAACUGCGAGCUGAUGCAAAAACUGGCCGAAUACGAGGAUGCGCGGGUCAACAACACCUUUGCGUUGGCCGAAAAAGAGAAAACCAUCGAAUGCCUGCAAGAUCGGGUGAGCUGCAUGGAGCAGAACCUCAACUGCAAGCGGGAUGAGCUGGAGGAGAAGUUGCAAUUACUGGAGAGCUGCCAGGAGCAGCUGGUGGAUGCCAAUGCCAAGAUAGCGCUACUAACCUCCGCCCCCGAAAACAAUGACCGCAAGGGCAACUCGCUGUUCGCCGAGGUGGACGAUCAAAGGCAGGCCAUGAAAAACCUGCUGGCGGCCCAGAAGAAAAGCUAUUUGGACAUGAAGAAGACAUUCUCGGACAGCCAGUUCGAGAUCAGGCGUCUCAAGCGUGAGAACGUGGCCAUGCACACGGAGCUGCAGGCCUGCAGCACAAUCUUCUGCAGUGCAGACAAGACCUAUCAAAAUAAGUUGAACGAGCGCAUCCGACAUCUGAUGGCUGCCAACGAGAGUCUGGAACGGCAGCUGAAUCUCUCCCAGGAGCGGCUGCGCCAGUUGGCCAGCGAGAAGUCGGUCACCUGGCUGGACUCGAUGCUGGAUUUCUGCAAACGCGAAACGGACGAGCUGAAGGCGCAGCUGCAUAGCAUGCGCAUCCAGAAGGCUGGACUGGAGGAACGAAUGCGAUCCGUGCAGCAGGAAAUGGCACGUUGGCGCUUUGAGUCCCUGAAAUCUCGCUGCGUGCUAAUUGACCGCGAAAAUCUUCUGACGGAGCACAAGAUCGGUUUUAAACCGAUGCAGGCCAUGGAGUUCAACAUCAAGGAGGCGGAGCUAAAAGCUGCGUUGCCUCGCAUUGUCAGUGUAGCCCCAUCAUCUCCCUCUAUAUCAGCUCAGUUAUCUACUCCAAAAACCACUUCAAUACCUCUUCCAAAACCAACUGAAAUAAUACUUCUCGACACACCCAUUAAACCAGCUGUUAAAGAAGAGGUAGUGGAGCCUUUUAAACACGCAAUAGAACCCGCUCUAAAGGUCAAACAGGAAACCAAGGAAUCCGAAAUCAAGCCUAUGACAUACAGCACACCCAUUAAGACCAUUAUGGGUGUUAAAAUAAAAAGGGAAGUCAACUUAAACUUGGAGCAUAGUGUCCACGUCAACAUCAAAAAAGGAACGCCGGUAAAUACCGAGUUGGAAUCAUCGGAAAUAGUUCCAAAGCCCCAGAUGAAAGGCACACCUGUCAAACCCGAUUUCAGUCUUACAAAAAUAGAAAAUAAUGAAGAAACGCCCAUAAACCUAAGUGAACCCGAAGAAGAUGACCAGAAAACUAGCGAAACCCCUGCUAAACCUUUGAUGAAGGGUACUCCAAUUAAGCAACGCUUGGGAGGCAUAAAAGUAAAGUCCAACGACAUUUUGCUGGAGACGCCUGCUAAGCCGCAGCGCAAGGGAACUCCAGUUAAGCUAAUAAAGCUGCAGGCCGAAACUGAAGAUAGCGGCGAGGAGUCGUUCAAGGAAACUUCCUUGAAGGCAGAUGAAAUCGAUUGCAUUGAAAUCACGGAUAGAACCGCACCACAAAAGCCACAACGCAAAGGAACACCUGUAAAGAUUCCCGUCAUCAAAGACGCGACUAACAGCAAUGUGCGCUCUAUCCUGUCCAAAAAACGGGAAGUCUUCGCUGAAGAUUCGCAAAAGGCGGUCAAAUUUAGUGCAAAUUAUCCGAUUGUCCACAAUUUAAGUCCUCUUGAAAGAGACCAAAGUGAAGAUCUUGCCAAGGAAAACACAAAGCCAACGGAAACUGAAGAAUCCAACGACAUUAAACCCACAAUCAAGAGACCAAACAUCAUAAGGCGUAUCGUUCUGAGCUCCCGAAAACCAAUUAUGAAAUGAUUGCAUCAGUUUUUUAACGAAAACUUUAAUUCGAAUUUAUACUAAGGCGUUCUUAACAAUAAAUUACACAGCUAAAGCAGAGAAAUCAGAAAACAAAU